UGCAGAUUCCAACCAAUCUCAAAACAACAAGAGAAACUCACAGGAAAGCAAACCCCUUUAGUUUUCUCAGCAGACAGACAAAUAAUAGAAAAACGAGCCGCUUGUUUCAUUCAAAAAAGCUACUAAAAUGGAUAGCAAAGCUCUAGCAUUUCUUUGCAUUUUUCUGGCCGCCGCGGCAACUCUGGCAGUGGCCACAAUGGAACAAGACGAGAACGACUGCGCAGACCAAAUGGCCAAUAUGGCAGAGUGCAUUCCUUAUGUCAGUGGAUCAGCCAAGAAGCCAACCGAAACAUGUUGCCAAGAUGCUGAGAAAGUGAGAAGUGCAAAACCAAAGUGUCUGUGUGUUCUUAUCAUCGAGAGCACGGACACUUCUAUGGGACUCCCUAUCAAUACCACAUUGGCCCUUCAAAUGCCAACUGCUUGCAAAAGUGAUGCCAAAGUUUCCGAUUGCCCGACUCUACUAAAUCUCCCAGCAGAUUCACCCAAAGCGAAAAUCUUCAAAUUAGAAGGAGCCUCACCUACAACAGAUUCACUUCCGGCUUCUGCAUCGUCUUCUAGUUCAUCAUCGACACCAUCAUCAUCAUCGUCGACUCCUGCUAGCUCUGGCUCAGGCUCGGAAACAAAGACAACUACAAGCACCAGUGCUGGAGGAGCAUUGUUGAGUGGCGGCAUUUUGGCGAUUAUCGGAUUAGCUUCAAGUGCAAUAGCUCUCAUGUAAGGCAACAAGAUUUCAGGUCCUGAGUGGAUACUACUGCAUGCAAUCGUAGGGAAUUUUAGUUAUAGAUAGUUUUAUUCUGUUUUUGCAAGUGCAGUUCCCGCGAGUUUCACAAUAACAACAAUAAGACCUUGCAAAUUUGUGUUUUCUUCUUAAAUCCGUUUCUCUUAUUCUCUGAAAGGUGAAAGACAGGUCUCUUAAUGUAAGCGUGAUUUCUUCUCACAUCAUAUAAUGAUGUUAGAAAUGAUUCAACAGCCUCUCACUUGAGCCGAUGUUAUAAGCGGUUUUUCUGUGAUGUGCUCGUAGACAUAUAAUAAAUACUAAAUUUUAUAAGUUAAA